UCCAAAUGGUGUGGUUUUGCUGCAUCUUCUUUUUCAUCUUUUUUCCAUCCUUUGCCACACGCUGCCGCCACCUUGAGAGGAGGGCACAAGCACACCAACUCGUGCCGCUUCCUUCCAUCUUCUCCUCUCCAUCAUAGCCUACCCGAAACAUUUAACCUCAGCUAUUACCUCUAUUUCCUUCCCUUUUUCCAUUGCAAUUGUUACUGCUACUUCUGCAAUUUUGACUAGCUCUUUCUUUAAGCUCAACUCCUACUGCAACAUCAUCAACUUUUAUUAUGGCUCAUACUCAGAUCCUCCUCCAUCUCGUUCCCUGGCGGCUGUAACUCUUGCUCCCUUCUCGAAGCUGUUGCUGGUGGUGGCGGCUUUUCCUCUGCCUCUCAAAGUUGCUAUUGCUAGUGAACGCCCCUCCUCGAUUUCUCGAAGUUGGCUGCUACUUGCUCGAGUUACAACCCUCAUCAUUUGCGUGAAGGUGGUGUUUGGAUCAAUUUGCAGACAACUCGACUAAUCUAACUUGAUUCUCAGUCGAGUAAAUGUCAUAUCAUCAAAGUUCCCAUACCAGUAAAUUUAUAGGCGAAUAAAUUUUAUUUAUCUAUCUUCAUGGGAUUUGAAUCUCAGUCUCUUACGUGAACAAUUAUCCCUGCAAAUUACUUAAGUUUGUCUCUUCUUAUUUUUUUUUUCCCUUGAUUUAUGACGUAAAUAUUAAUUUUUUUUAGGUGUAUACGAUGGUCUGGAAGUUUAACGAACCUCAUAUAUCAAUUUUUUUUUAAUGCAAAGAAAAGUUUUUGUUGUAUAUUGAUUCAACAAUGGUCAACAUAUUUCCUUUACAAAAGUAGACAUACAUGAGCUUACACGAAAUGUGGCUCCCCCCGACUUGGGAAAGAACAGACCACAAUCGAAGAAAUUAUUUUUAUUUUUCUAAUUAUUCUCUUCUAAGGAAGACGAAAUAUAUUGAAAUUUUUUAAAGCCAACCCCAGCCAUGUGAGCGUAUGAAAUUCAUGGAAUUUGUGGGUCCCAUUCCUCCACUCCAUAAAGACAAUAGCAGGUGAUACUAACAGCCAAAAAUGAUAUGACAUGUACAAGUUUUAAUCAAAUGUAAAGAAAAAUAUAAAAGAAAUAAGUUCCGUGACUUCGCAUAAUAAUGCAUUACACUUUAAUUAGUAAGUUAAAUUUCACACUAUAUGUAUUAGUCUCAUUAAUAUUUUCUUGAAUAUCUCUGGUCAGUCCCCUCCCAUGGCAUUAUUAUAAAGCCAUAUCCUCCCUCCAUCCCCUUUGCCUCGCUUCACCUUCUCUUCAAUCCCUCAUCACCACCAUACAUAUUCACGUCUCCUCUAAACCCAUACAUCUGCAGAAGUAUAAUAUCAUAUAACCAUAGGCCAAAACCCGAAAGAUAUUGAACCGUGCAGGUUCCUGAGCAAACAAAUGGGUACCAUAAACUAUUCAUAUUCGCCCGGUAACGUGGAAUGCCCUCACAAAGUCGUCAUUCCACCUCCUCGACCAUUUUUCAAGUCGUUUAAGAACACACUCAAGGAAACCUUCUUCCCCGAUGACCCGCUUCGACAGUUCAAAAACCAGCCGCGGGGCCGCAAAUUCAUCCUGGGCCUCCAGUAUGUAUUUCCGAUCCUGGAAUGGGGGCCACGGUACAGCUUUGAGUUCCUGAAGGCUGAUCUGAUAGCUGGGAUCACCAUCGCUAGCCUCGCCAUCCCACAGGGCAUAAGCUAUGCCCAACUGGCCAACUUGCCACCUAUUCUGGGACUAUAUUCGAGCUUUGUUCCACCUCUGGUGUAUGCAAUGAUGGGAAGCUCGAGAGAUCUGGCGGUGGGAACUGUGGCAGUGGGAUCGCUUCUCACAGGAGCGAUGCUGAGCAAAGAUGUGAACCCGAACGAGAAUCUAGAGCUAUAUGUUCACCUGGCUUUCACCGCUACAUUCUUUGCAGGGCUCUUUGAAGCUUCUUUGGGCUUGUUAAGGCUAGGGUUCAUUGUGGAUUUCCUGUCACAUGCAACGAUUGUAGGGUUCAUGGCCGGAGCAGCCACAGUCGUGUGUCUGCAGCAGCUCAAAGGCAUCCUUGGACUCGAACACUUCACCCACGCCACCGACGUCGUGGACGUCCUCCGCUCUAUCUUCUCACAAACCCAUAAGUGGAGAUGGGAAAGUGGUCUGCUGGGAUGCUGCUUCCUUUUCUUCCUCUUGUUGACCAGAUACUUAAGCAAGAGGACACCAAAGUUCUUCUGGAUAUCUGCAAUGGCACCACUCACCUCAGUCGUCUUGGGAAGUCUUCUUGUUUAUCUCACUCAUGCUGAAAAGCAUGGUGUUCAAGUGAUAGGGUCAUUGAAGAAGGGUUUGAAUCCACCAUCCAUGACAGAUCUGGCAUUCGGGUCCGCUUAUCUCAUGACGGCUAUUAAAACGGGCAUUAUCACGGGAGUCAUUGCCCUAGCUGAAGGAAUAGCAGUCGGAAGAAGUUUCGCUAUGUUUAAGAAUUACCAAAUUGACGGUAAUAAAGAGAUGAUUGCAUUUGGGAUGAUGAAUAUCGUCGGUUCUUGCACGUCUUGCUACCUGACCACAGGGCCAUUUUCGCGAUCGGCCGUGAAUUUCAAUGCUGGAUGCAAGACUGCAGUGUCAAACAUCGUGAUGGCAAUUGCGGUCAUGAUUACGUUGAUGUUCCUAACACCGCUGUUUCACUACACUCCCCUUGUGGUACUGUCCUCCAUCAUAAUGGCAGCAAUGCUUGGGCUGAUAGACUAUGAAGCCGCCAUGCAUCUGUGGACUGUCGACAAAUUUGACUUCCUUGUGUGUAUGAGUGCGUAUAUUGGAGUCGUGUUUGGCAGCAUCCAGAUCGGACUGAUAGUAGCGGUGGCACUGUCUUUGCUGAGGAUCAUACUUUUUGUCGCAAGACCACGGACCAUUGUGCUGGGAAACCUUCCAAACUCCAAAAUCUACAGAAAUGUCGAACAAUAUCCGAUAGCGACAACUGUUCCCGGAAUCCUCAUCUUGGAGAUUGAUGCCCCCAUUUACUUUGCCAAUGCAGGCUACUUGAGGGAGAGGAUCUCUAGGUGGAUUGAUGAAGAAGAAGAUAAACUGCGCACAGCAGAAAAAGAAACAACCUUGCAAUAUGUUAUUUUAGAUAUGGGAGCGGUUGGAGCAAUAGACACCAGCGGAAUAAGCAUGCUUGAGGAGACCAAAAAAAUUGUUGAUAGAAAAGAAUUGAAGCUCGUGUUGGCAAAUCCUGGGAGCGAGGUGAUGAAGAAACUAAACAAGUCGAAGUUCAUGGAGAACUUGGGCCAGGAGUGGAUCUUCUUGACAGUGGGAGAGGCGGUUAGCGCCUGCAAUUUCAUGCUCCACUGCGCCAAACCAGAGAACCAUUGCAGGAAGGAUGCUGAUGCUGAUGAUACAUUAAACAACAACGUUUAAUCAAACAUCUCAGUUUCGAUUGGCAAUUUGGCGAAGCCGAAUUUUAAGUGCUUCAGAUUAGAAUAAUGGUACGUCUUGUAUAAUUGGCAGGGAGAAUGAAACUCUUCCGAAAUAAUAAUAAUAAUAAAAAGGUUACUUGGGUCAAUAUAACCCCGGCAACCACCCGAUCCAACAA